AUGGAGAUGGAGAUCGAUGCAACCGAAAACGAUGAUUAUCAAGUUGAAUAUUUAGAGACACCUAUUAAAUCGGAGAACGAUUUGAUGAAAUAUAGAGUUAUUAGAUUACAAAACGGGUUAACAGCUUUGUUAAUAUCCGAGAAUAAAAACGAAGAUGAAGAUGAUAGUGACACAAACAAUGAAGACGAUGAUCCUUCAAUUAAACGAAUUAAAAAAGAUGAAUUGACGGUAGAAUGUGGCUUAAACGUGGGAGUAGGCAGAUUCAGUAAUACAGAAAUUCCAGACAUAGCACAUUUUGUUGAAUAUAUGGUUUCUAGAGGAUCCGAAAAAUAUGACCAUGAAAAUGAUUUUAUUGAAUUUAUCGAUGAGUAUGGCGGAUGUGCUAAUAGUAUGACGGAUUACGAACAUACAACAUUUUACUUUGCCCUGAAUGGUAUUCAAAAGAAUCAAUUGUUAUCAGCUCUUGAUCGUUUUGCUCAAUUUUUCAUUAAACCCUUGAUGAAGAAAGAUGUCAUGAAGCGGAUGGUAAUGGCUGUAAGAAACGAGUUGCAGUCGUCUUUAACUUGCGAUAUGUCCAGAAAAAAUCAAUUAUUGUCCUCUUCCGUGCCAAUUGGUCAUCCAGUCAAUAAAUUUCCAUGGGCCUAUACAGUAAUAUUGAGCAAUAAUGUGAAUGACAACAAAUUAGAUAAAUUAUACGAUGAACUGCACAAAUUUAGAGAACGCCAUUACAGCGCUCACAGAAUGAAGUUAGUUAUACAGUCGUCAUUACCACUAAGUGCAUUGGAAAAAUAUGUUAUAAAGUUCUUUGCUAAUGUACCAAAUAAUGGGCUGCCCCCCGAUGACUUUACCAAAUUUAAAGACAAUAUUCCUUUUAAUACUCCCGCUUUCCGAAGAAUAUAUAAAGUUAGACCUGUCAAAGAUAUCAGACAACUACAUAUAACAUGGGCUAUACCUUCACUACUUCAUUUGUACAAAAGUAAACCACAUAGUUAUAUCUUAUGGAUUAUUAAGCAUGAAGGAGAAGGUUCCUUAAUGAGUUAUCUACGCAAGAAACAGUGGAGCUCCGAUUUUUUACGUGAUAACUCUGAAGACGAUUUUGAACAAAAUUCUAUAUAUACAUUAUUCAAUUUUAUUUUAGAUUUCUCUUCAGAGGGACUAGAGCAUCUGGUCGAAAUUCUAAAUGCGAUAUUUUCAUUUAUUAAUUUAUUAAAGAGGGAAGGUCCGCAGAAAAGAAUUUACGACGAGAUUUAUAAGAUUACAGAAAAUAAUUUUAGAUUGUUAGGUAAUAAUGAUUAUGUAGAGUGUUUGUGUAAGAAUAUGCAUUUAUAUGAACCGCGCGAUUAUAUAACUGGAAAGCAGAAUUACUUCGAAUAUGACCCAGAAGCUAUACAAAAAUGUUUGGAUUAUUUGGUGCCAGAGACUGUGAAUAUCAUGAUUUUCAACAAAAAUUUUGAUUCUUUUGAAUUAACUAAAAUCAAUCGGUGGGCCAAUAUCGUCUACGAAGAUAUAGAGAUACCACAAAAUUGGAUCAAAUGCUGGAAAUCCAUCGAACCAUUGCCAGAUUUUCAUUUACCAUUAUCAAAUACAUUCGUUACUAACAACAUCCCUUUAUUAUCGAUACCUGUGGUGGCUCCGAAAUAUCCUAUAAAAUUAGUUGAAACUUGUUUAUUGCAGAUUUGGCAUCACCAGAAGUUUAAUUGGCCGAAAUGUUAUAUAAACUUCCAAUUUAUUGUUUAUCCUCUGGGAUUUCAGUCGCCAAAGAUUAAAGCUUUCAUGGAAAUGUACUGCAAUGUAUUAAAACGGAUAUUGAGGACAAAAUUAUUUCCAGUUGUAAAGGCUGAGAUUGAGUAUGAUAUCACUGUCAGUGAGAUAGGUAUUGUAAUAGAAACGAACGGAUUUAACGAAAAAUUACUAAAAUUCUUGUCAGUUAUUGCAAAAUACAUGGUGAACUAUUCAACUAUUGUUACGAAGCCUUUGUUUGAAUUUGUCAAAGUGCAACAACUUGAAAGAUAUUAUAACAAAUUUAUGAAACCUGAAAAACUCAUAAAGAACGUGAAAUUACGGAUACUGAAGGAAACUAUCGAUUAUACACAUAUUGACACAUACAUUGCUCUACGUGAUAUUAAUUUUGAAGAAUUCCAAAAAUUUGUGAAAUCUUUCACCGAUCAUCUGUACAUUCAGUGUCUUGCGCAAGGCAAUAUAACGAAGGACAAUGCGAUUGAGGCUUUACAGCGAUAUAUGAAAAAGCUAAACUGUUCUCCAUUAGUCUUUAGUAUAUUCCAGAUGAGAAUGAUUCAGAUACCCUUGGGCACAUCUUAUUGCAAGUUAAAAAAUAUGAACAAAACUGAUACGAAUUCUGUAAUAACAAAUUAUUAUCAAGUCGGUAUCAAGUCGAUGGACGUAUCUGGAUUAAUUGAUUUGAUAAUCAUUAUAAUGCAAGAACCAUUAAAGAAUCAACUAUGUUUUCAAGAACAGCUUAGUAAUAAGAUUUUCUGCGUUCGUCGAGAUGACAAUGAAAUUUUAGGAUUUUCCAUUACCGUUCACAUUGAGGCACAUAAAUAUACAACAGAACACGUGGACCAGCGGAUCGAGGAAUUUCUGAAGUCAUUUACUAAUAUGUUAAAUGUGUUCUCACAAGAGGAAUUGGAUAUUGUCAAGCAAACGCUCAUAACAAGAGAUUUGGAGCAAUGUACCAGUAUCGAGUUUAUGAAAUAUGAAGUUGAUAAAAACUGGAGUGAGAUUACGAAGCAGCAUUACAUGUUUCAUAGAUUCGAGAAGAAAAUGCUUGCAACAAUGGAUAUAAAAAUCAAUGAACUACGAGAAUGGUUUACAUACGCACUGAACGAAAGUAAUUUCAGAAAAUUAAGUUUACAUGUGGUAGGAACUGAUCCAAAGGAAAUAGAAGCUAGAGAAGCGAAUGAUACUGCAAUGGAUUACAAUAAAAAACAAGAUUUUGUUUUGGAAUAUAUAACUGAUAAUCAACAACGUAAUGAAACUGAAGGUCGUUAUAUUACGAACAUAGAACAUUACAAGAAAGAUCUCUCAUUUAUUCAUGCGUCGAAAAACUGA